GGAGGGGUGAGGAUGGAGGGAGCCUGGGCCGGGAGGCAGUGCCGGUCCGGGCCCAGCGGCCUGGGUUGGGCUGGGCGGAAGCUGGGAGGGCUGUGGGGACGGCGCUUUUUCCUCUGCCCCGCCCCCUGGGACCACCUCCCCUCCCCCCGGCUAUCCACCGGCCGGGAUGUGGCCGGCGGCCGUUAGUUAGGCUUCCCGAGGCCGUUCCUUCAGGCCUCUUUCUCCCGGGCCGGCGAGAGGCCGUCUCCCUUGUCGUUACCACAGGCCCCAUCUCGGCGCCCAGCCCUCCUGGGGGCAAAAAGGCCGGUUGGGAUUUCGGGGCUUUCCCGCCCGAGCAGGGUCUUCUCUCACGGGAAAGCUGUUUUCACCGGGAAGCUCAGCUUUCUGUUACACCUGCUUCACCUCCCGCCUUCCUUGAGACCUGAGUGAUAUUUCUCGACUACUUCUGCGUCUCACGUAAACAUUUCUCCAACUCUUUUACUCUGUGGUAUCUCCCCGAGACGUGAUAUCGCUAGUGUGCCACCACCAGAAAGAAACGUCUGGACCCUCCUGCCCAGAACUUUGUAUCUUUGCUAAAGUCAGUGAUGUGAAAAGACCUGACAUGGGUUUUGAACCGUUUGGCAGAUGAUCUCAGUCAAUUCCAAAUGAGCCAAUUUCUGCACAUGGGCCUCUUUUUGACAAUGACAUUUUGAGAUUGCUGGCCAAUGAUGAUAUUGCUGAUAGGAUGAGGAUGGAUGCUGGAGAAGUAACGUUAGUGAACCACAACUCCAUAUUCAAAACCCAUCUCCUGGGACAAACAGGUUUUCCAGAGGACCAGCUUUCACUUUCUGACCAUCAGAUAUUACCUUCCAGGGAAGGAAAUUUGGACCGACCUUAUACGUGUUCUACAAGAAGUGCAGCUUAUAAUCCAAAUUAUUAUUCAGGAUUCUUUGUCAGCAAGAUGAGAUCUCCUCCCCUAAAAAGACACAACCCUUCCUCAGACAGUUUUCUUGGCUCAGGAGAUUUAAGAACCUUUGGCCAGAGUGCAAAUGGCCAGUGGAGAAAUUCCACUCCAGCAUCAGGUUCAACUUUACAAAAAUCAAGAAACAGCCGAAGUCUUUACCUCGAAACCCGAAAGACCUCAAGUGGAUUAUCAAACACUUUUACAGGAAAGGCAAAUCAUCACUGCCAUGUGUCUGCAUACGAAAAAUCUUUUCCUAUUAAGCCUGUCCCAAGUCCAUCUUGGAGUGGUUCGUGUCGCCGAAACCUCUUGAGCCCCAAGAAAACUCAGAGGCGACAUGUUAGUACAGCAGAAGAGACAGUCCAAGAAGAAGAAAGAGAGAUUUACAGACAGCUACUACAGAUGGUUACAGGGAAACAGUUUUCUGUAGCCAAACCCACCACACAUUUUCCUUUACACCUGUCCCGAUGUCUUAGUUCUAAUAAGAAUACUUUGAAAGACCCACUGUUUAAAAAUGGAAGUUCUUGUGCAGCUCAGAUUAUUGGCUCUGAUACUUCAUCAUCUGGAUCUGCCAGCAUUUUAACUACCCAGGAACAAGUGUCCCACAGUGUGUAUUCCUUAUCGUCUUAUGCCCCAGAUGUUGUUGCAUUUGGAUCCAAAGAUUCUGAUCCUCUCCAUCAACCCCAACAUCACCACUCUCUUCUACAUCAGCCAGACAACUUACCAGCUUCAAAUACACAAUCGGAAGGAUCAGACUCUGUGAUUUUACUCAAAGUGAAAGAUUCCCAGACUGCAACUCCCAGUCCUGCAUUUUUCCAGGCAGAGCUGUGGAUCAAAGAAUUAACUAGUGUUUAUGAUUCUCGAGCACGGGAGAGAUUGCGCCAGAUUGAAGAGCAGAAAGCACUAGCAUUGCAGCUUCAAAACCAGAGACUGCAGGAACAGGAACAUUCAGUACAUGAUUCAGUAGAACUGCAUCUUCGUGUCCCUCUUGAAAAGGAGAUCCCUGUAACGAUCACCCAAGAAACAGAAAAGAAAGGUCAUAAAUUAACUGAUAGUGAAGAUGAAUUUCCUGAAAUCACAGAGGAAAUGGAGAAGGAAAUAAAAAAUGUAUUUCGUAAUGGGAACCAAGAUGAAGUUCUGAGUGAAGCAUUCCGCUUGACCAUUACACGCAAAGAUAUUCAAACUCUGAACCAUCUGAACUGGCUCAAUGAUGAGAUCAUCAAUUUCUACAUGAAUAUGUUGAUGGAGCGAAGUAAAGAGAAGGGAUUACCAAGUGUGCAUGCAUUUAAUACCUUUUUUUUCACUAAGUUAAAAACGGCUGGUUAUCAGGCAGUGAAACGUUGGACAAAGAAAGUGGAUGUGUUUUCUGUUGACAUUCUUUUGGUGCCCAUUCACCUGGGAGUGCACUGGUGUCUUGCUGUUGUGGACUUUCGAAAGAAGAAUAUUACCUAUUACGACUCUAUGGGUGGGAUAAACAAUGAAGCCUGCAGGAUCCUCCUCCAAUACCUAAAGCAAGAAAGCAUUGACAAGAAAAGGAAAGAGUUUGACACCAAUGGCUGGCAGCUCUUCAGCAAGAAAAGCCAGGAAAUUCCACAGCAGAUGAAUGGAAGUGAUUGUGGCAUGUUUGCCUGCAAAUAUGCUGACUGCAUUACCAAAGACAGACCAAUCAACUUCACACAGCAACACAUGCCAUACUUCCGGAAGCGGAUGGUCUGGGAGAUUCUCCACCGAAAGCUCUUGUGAAGACUGUCUCAGUUAGCCGACAUUGACCUUGCGGGGGACCAGCUCUUUGUUGUCUAUAGCCAGAGACCUUGGAGACAGCUGCUCCCAACCCUCUGUUCUUGUAAAGCCCUUGAUCCUGGACCAGGCCCUGGCGAGAUGCAUUCACAAGCACAUCUGCCUUUCCUUUUGUAUCUCAGAUACUAUUUUUGCAAAGAAACUUUGGUGCUGUGAAAGGGGUGAGGGACAUCCCUAAGCUGAAGAGAGAGACUGCUUUUUACUUCUUCAGUUCUGCCAUCUUGUUUUCAAAGGGCUCCAGCCUCACUCAGUCCCUAAUUUCGGGGCCGAGAGAAGCCUGGACAGAUUCUUGAUUUCAUAUAAACUCUUGUUAGGCCUUACUAAGAGGUAGGAAAGGGCAUGGGCAAAAAGGUAGGGAUGAAAACCACCAGCAUAUACACGCACACAUACAUACACACAGGAUUUUCAAGAUGUGUUGUCAGGAAAGUGACUGUAAAGUGGACUUUGGGUCACAUGCAUAAGUCCCUCCUCCAGGAUUUUCCCUAUUUAUAUGCCUCUUUGUGAAAUCCGUCUGCUUCUGUACAAGGCUAUUUUAUCAUCUGUAGCUUCCUCCCAUCCUGAGGCACAGCACAUGAGCCCUGGGUGGACCCCGAAGUCCCAGGCAGUCCUUUCCUUAAAGCAGGGGUUUGCAUGUGCUCACAACACAUGAUAUGGGGAAGACCCACCCAGGGAGCGGUUUAGUGGAGCAACAAAGGCACCACUUUUACUGCCGCCUACUUCUGACCAAGAAGAAGGACCUCAGUCUUUAGCAUAAAAUUCCAGCAUUGGAUGAAUGCAGGUCUAGUUUGGUCUGUGGCUAGUUAGUUUAAAUAUGUUUCUAACCACAGAGAAUUUUAUAUAUAUAUAUAUUUCAUAUAUAUAUAUAUAUAUAUUUCACAGGGAUACGUGUUUUUUUAAAAGGCUGAAUGUGUUCACCACUUUAGCCUGUAGAUUUAUUUCCAUUUUCCAAAUUUAGCUCUAGCACGCACAGAUCCCAGCCCCUAUGUGUAGGGUGUUUGUGGACUUCCUAACAAUAUUUUGAGGCCUGAAUGAACUUUGGCUUAGGGGUAGAGGUUACAGAGGGAGGCAAGAUUUUCAACUGGAAAACGGGUGGAAUUUGGACUUGAGACUAAAAAAACCGCUAUUCCUUUUGUUCUUUCUAGCAUCUCCCCCACCCACCGAGCGCUCCUCAGGCUAGAUAGUGAAACGAUCCAAUGCCAGUGUCAUUUUGUACUUCAGUUCCAAAACAGGAACGUUUUAUACUUUUUUCUGUAUUGUAAUAGGUAGUUUUGUAUGAAAUAUUUUCUCUUCUUCCCUUGUACCCCAUCCUUUCCAACAUUGUGCUUUCUCUCUGGGCUUAUUUGAAAAUUUUACUCUGUUUUAUACCAAGCUUGUUUAGUACAUUUUUCUAUGUUUUACCACAGGUUACAAUUUGAAAAGAAAACUAUUUUUUUUAAAUAUUCCAUUGUUAACUGAAUGUUACUGUUUCCACUCCAGCAACUAGAUGUCCUACCUUUUUCAUAACUGCCUGCCUUUUUGGGGAAGACCACCUUUUCUUUCUUUCUCUUUCUUUCUUUCUUUCUUUCUUUCUUUCUUUCUUUCUUUCUUUCUUGUGUUUUUCUAUAGGAAAUAAAUAGCUUUCUAUUUAUGAGUUGCUGAGACCUUUCACAUUCUCUCUUAGAAAGCUAUGGCAUGCAGGCUCAUUGUAGGACUCCUGUACAUGGAUUCUUGGUAUUUAAUGUAUUUCAGUGGCAACUUGAAAGGUGGCAAUAUGGUAUAGAUUCUGAUUAUGAAUCAGAAGACCUGAGUUUUUUCAGGUGCUCUUGCUACUGUCUGGGGGACUCAGAACAAGAUAGUUCUCUGUAUUUAUUGUUUGUCCAUUUAGAUAACAUCUGUCUUACCUUCCUCACAGACUUUUUGUACAGACCAAAGCAACAAAUAUUUAUUGCCAUGUAUAACAGAAAAUGAAACAUGCAACAAAAGCACUUUGAAAAAUAUAUAAGGAAUUGUUGAGCCUGUGUGAACGUGGACCCCCUUUCUGGUCAAUACAUUUUUGUACAAGGGGAAGUUAGUGAUCCUGAGACCACCCUACAUGGGUGGACCAAGCUGAGACAUAGGUUGUGGCCCAGGGUGGCUCAAUGGGAACCACCCAUUUGACUAUAUUUGGGUCUAUAUUUGACUUCUGUAGUGGGCUAUUUUUCCAGAGAGCUAGCCACAAGAUCAGGACUAGCAUCUGGAAACUUAAUUUCUCCUUUAUUUAAGGGUGGGCUUUGAUGACCAGGGAGGGGAAAAAAAGAGGUUCUUGCAUUACAUGGCUAAGGGCAUGCUACCAAUAUCUUAUUUAAAUUGCUUUAAACUAAAGCCUAUUGCUUUCCUUUUCUCCUAUCUUCCAUUCUUCUCUGUGCUCAGUGCUCGUAAUGACCUACCUCCCCUUAAAAAGGAACACUCGAGAGAUGAUGAACUCUAUCUAGAUAUAGAGCCUUCAACAGAAACCACAGUCCCAACAAUCACUCCUGGACCCUGUACAGAGAAAAUCAGAACAUUUGCGAAUACAUGGCCCAAGGCAUGGAGGUUAGUUCUGUCCCAUUUUUUUGCCUGGGACCCAUCGUUGCUCCUGGGAGUCCUGUUUGGGGUUGAAUGUAAGAGUUCUUUUCCCUCUUCCUCUCCAUCAUGGAGACUGUGUAUAAAUGUGUAAACUGACUUCUCUAUAUAUGAGAUGCUUCAUA